CAGAGAAGGAGUUCUCCUCGGACCUGAGGAGCGUCUCCCAUCGGCCUGGAAAUGAGAGUGCCCGGCGCCGUGCUGGUUGUGCUGCUGUGUGCGUGCACAGGAGCUCUGGGAGUGCACGUUAGAGUGGGAGACAGGAGCUUCCCCUUGGAGGCAGCGAAGCAGCUGACGGAGCUGAUGGUCCCGGACGACGACGGGGGCCCCCGGCUCGCCGAGGCCGGCGUUGCGGCCCUCUGCGCCGACCCUGUCCUGCCGCUGGUCUUCGUCCCGGUGUGUCGAGAGAAAGGGGCGGGCCGGGUUUUCUCCAAACUAGUGUCGAUCGUCACGUCUUUGGAUCCUUGUGACAUAUGCGCCAACCCCUCCUGCUUUGGGUGUCUGAACUGAGGCGGCCAUCUGCUUGAAGCACAAACACAUCGUUUAAGAGCCUCUGGAGUUGUGCCCCCCCCAUCCC